AGCUAAGAAAUGCAAAUCCUAAGCUUGGUCCUGCUGGGACUUUUCCCUGUACUGGCCCUGGCCGUCCUUGACACGCCAGCAUCUUAUGCAAAAGAGUUUACGAGAAUAUAUAAAGGGGAAAGGGACUUUUCCAUAAGAAUGAUGCAACAGAUCCGGAAUAUCGAUCCGAACAGCAACCUCUUCUUCUCACCGUUCAGCACCUACAACGCCCUGCUGCUUGCCUAUUUCGGAUCCUCCAGUCAAGAGAUGGAGCUGUACAAUGUACUGAAUCUAAAGUGGGCAUCCAAAAAGGAGCAGGUGCGCUCCGCUUACAUACUGAACAAGAGACAACACCAAUCGCGAGUCCGUCAAAGUCCCUUGGAGCUCUCGUCUGUUAACCGAAUUUUCGUGGACAACAGCGUGACGGUGUCCGAAAACCUUCAGACCAUUCUAUUCGAUGAAAUAGAGAAGAUGACUUUAGAUACACCAGACAAGGCACUAUAUGAAAUAAACGAAUGGAUCGCCGAUAAAACGAAUAACCAAAUUCGUGACAUGCUUAGUGCCGAUGAGAUCACUCCUCGCACCAUCAUGGUCCUAGCAAACGCCGCCUACAUGAAGGGCGAGUGGCUCAGUCAGUUUAAGGUGGAAAAGACCUGUGAACCCUUCUACAUAAACAACUAUGAGCAGACAAUGGUUUCCAUGAUGCAACAGACCGGCACCUUCAAGUCGAACACCGAUGAUCAUUUGCAAGCCCAAAUUCUUAAGCUACCGUACCGUACACAAUACGAGUCGAAGGACACGCGCCAAUCCACGCCUGAGGACAAGUCCGAUGUCUCCAUGGUGAUUAUCAUGCCGACCUCGAGCCGAGACAGUGUGGAUGAUGUAAUAUCCCGACUGAAUGCAGAUAAUCUAAAGCUGUUGGUUGAACGGACAUACGCGCGCGAGAUGGAGGUGUCACUGCCCAAGUUCCAGUUCGAGCAGCGUCUGGGAUUGACUCGGUAAAUCCUCGGCAAUAUGGGCAUAAGAACAAUGUUCGGAAAUCGUGCCACUUUUGAAGACUUGACCUCCGAGCACAUUUCUAUCGAUGACGCCCAACACGUGGCCAAAAUCAAGGUGGACGAGAUGGGAAGCACCGCCGCGGCGGCCACCAUCCUCUUCUCCAGCCGAUCGGCUAGGCAACCAGAUCCCACCAAGUUCAUUUGCGACCAUCCCUUUUUCCUCAUCUAUGAUGAACGAGUAAAUACGGUCUUAUUCGCGGGCGUCUAUAGCGACCCUAGAAAAAUGCAGCAGUAAAAGUAAUGUUUUAUUGAUUUAACAAAGUUUUUAAAAAAUUAAAGGCCGUGUAGUCAAUAUUUCAAAAGGUUUUUAUAAUAAAAUUUGCCAUUCUCAAACCUAAA